CUUCCACCACAUCAGCCCCGUCAGCUCACGACCGACAUCUGCUGCUUUCCGAAGCAGAGAGGGGUCAAACAACGGCGUCCAGACUGGAGCUUUAAAACGGAAAACACCACCAACGACGGGGUUUCCCCUUCGAAGCACACGGUCACCAGACGUCAUUUAGCCAAGUGAAGUUAAUCACUGAAGCUAAAAGACCACCGUUGUUGCCACCAGCCACCAAUCCAAAAAAGUCACUGAUUCAGGAAAAGAAAAAUGGUGCAAAACAAGAUUGCCGCUGUAACCGGAUUUCACUGCUCUUUCAAGGGCCAGAAUCCUUUUGAAUCAGAAGAAUUCAGCAAAACUGGAUCCCACCUUCUUGACACUGCCUUCAAUUUUGAUUGUUCUAACCGCCCCGACAUGCCAUCCAGUCAGCCAAUCGACAUACCCGACGCUAAGAAAAGAAAUAAGAAGAAAAAGAGGUGCCGGGCAACAGACAGCUUCUCAGGACGGUUUGAGGAUGUAUAUAAGCUUCAGGAUGAGGUGUUGGGGGAGGGAGCCUAUGCAAGAGUCCAAACUUGCAUCAGCCAGAUCACCCAGAAAGAAUAUGCUGUAAAAAUCAUCGAGAAGAGGCCAGGACACAGCCGAAGUCGUGUAUUCAGGGAGGUGGAGAUGCUGUAUCAGUGCCAGGGCCACAGAAACAUUCUGGAGCUUGUGGAGUUUUUUGAGGAGGAGGAGAAGUUUUACCUAGUGUUUGAGAAGCUGAGAGGAGGCUCUGUCUUGACCCACAUUCACAAAAGGAGACACUUCAGCGAACAAGAAGCUAGCAUUGUGGUGCGAGACAUCGCAAGCGCUCUGGACUUUUUACACAACAAAGGCAUGGCACACAGAGACCUCAAGCCUGAAAACAUCUUAUGUGAACAUGAGGACAGGAUUUCGCCUGUGAAGAUCUGUGACUUUGACCUGGGCAGUGGGAUCAAGCUGAACAAUGACAGUUCUCCCAUCUCCACGCCAGAGCUCCUCACACCGUGUGGUUCAGCCGAGUACAUGGCGCCUGAAGUGGUGGAGGCAUUCAAUGAAGAAGCCACCAUCUAUGAUAAGCGCUGUGACCUGUGGAGCCUGGGGGUUAUCCUGUACAUCAUGCUGAGCGGCUACCCUCCCUUCGUGGGCCGCUGUGGAAGCGACUGUGGUUGGGAAAACGGGGAGCCAUGCCAAGCCUGCCAGAACAUGCUGUUUGAGAGCAUUCAGGAGGGCAAGUACGAGUUUCCCGAGAAGGAGUGGGCUCACAUCUCCUCCAGUGCCAAAGACCUCAUCUCCAAAUUGCUGGUCCGGGACGCAAAGAACCGGCUCAGUGCUGCUCAGGUUCUGCAGCACCCAUGGGUCCAAGGGGGUGCUCCUGACUCUAUGCCCUCCUCCAUCCUGCUUCAGAGGAACAGUAGUGCUAAGGACCUGACGUUUUUUGCUGGGCAGGCGGUGGCCGUAAACCGCCAGCUUGCCCAGCAGGAUGACCUUGAAGAGCAGCAGAAGGAGGAGGACGCCCCUCAGGUGGUGACGGUGGGCGCAUGCUCGAUGCGCCUCUCGCCUCCUUCCACCUCCAAACUGGCUAAACGGCGGCAGAGGAGCAGCCUCCUGAAGGGGGCACCGGUCUCAGCCGCAGAACUCAGCCAGCUCCUCGCUCCACUGGUUAUCAUUGGGGACUGUGCCUGAGAGGAGGGCUUAUCUGGUGAUGGACAGUUGACAUCUUUGUCUGUGUGAAGGAGAGAACGUCUCUGCUGCAAGUGUCCCUCCCCUUCUCUCAUAGAAAAGGGAUACCUCAUUCAAAAAAACAGCAGUGCGAAUGUGAUCAAGCUUCCGGUCACCCAUUGGCUUUCAUCACUAGUCAUCAUUCUUGUUGAUCUUUUUGGAUGAAGUAUUUCUAUAUUAAAUAUCUCACCCAGUUGCUCUCCUUUAUCUCCCCUCUGGGCCCCCCCAGCACUUCUCCCAGCAACUUGGCAUAAGGGGGCACCACUGGGUUUGGGACAGGGCAUACGAAGCGUUGGGUCAAAACAUCCGUUUUAAUUUAAGACAGAGUAUUUUGAAGCCAGCCAGCUCAGACACCAAAGGACUAGAACACCCACAAUCCCCUUCUCUCCAUCCCCCCCACCCCCAGCUCCCUAUCUUGUGCUGCUUCCACAUUGCAACUGGAUCCACUGUGAAUAAUUUCUCAAUGAGAAGACAUUGUUUCGUUUCAGGAAUGUUUCUGCCUGUACGUGUGUAUGUAUGUGCGCAGAUGCUCCAUCGUCAGUAGGUUCAUGCACACUUAUGCAACUCCUGAUGAAGGUAAAUCAGGUCAGGCGUGACUUCAGUGGAGCUCUCAGUGCCUCAGCCCCUCACCAUUAGUGUCAUUUUCUGAAAGCCUUUGAAUUCCGUCAUCAGCGGAUAAUCCUCUAUCCAGACCAGACCGUUAGGAGCCAUAUAAUGCAGGAUUGGCCAUUAGUACCAAAACAAUAAAUGCACUUGGCCUUUUUUCAGGGCUAGAGUGCUUGCAAGCAUUUGGUCGUUUCUGAAAGUGCACUUUCAUAAGCAAGCACUCCCCCCAACCCCCCCCCCUGCCCCCCCCUUCCCCCUUUGCAAGGUCAUCUGCUUGAAGAUUUAUGGUUUCAGCACCUCAAACUUACCUUCUAUUUGGGAUGUUUUCAUUGGGGGGAAAAAUCCUAUUUGAAUUCCAAUGACUGACACAGCAGUUAAACUAAAGUACAAAAGCCUUCAUGCCACACUGACACAUUUGAGCAAUGGUUAAGAUCAGUAUGAGCAAAAAAUGCCUUUCACUUCAUUAAAUGCACACCAAGAGGGGGUUAUCAUGUGGUUAUGCAAGCACAGGUCUGUCCUUGUGACUAUAUGAACUCCAGCUGGUCAUGGAAUAAGGCUUUUAUUAUGAAGUGUCCUCCCUCUCUUUGAAGGAGGGAGGGGCUCGACUACUUUAUUUUGGCACUGAUGCCACAGCUCAAUGGUACAGUCAUUAGAAAACCAUUGCCUUGUGGUCACUGCCAAAUAAGUAAGCAUUUAACCUGUUAAGCGGUCCUUUUAUAAAGUAAUUUAAAAGUAAGAAAAAAAAAAUGGAAAAGCAUUCCAGGAAAAAAAAAACACACCAGGAGAAAAGAAAAAAGAAAAAAAAAGUCUUCCAAGAAAAUGUAGUUGUGUACGUGUGAAAAGUUCUUUUUAAAGUUUACUUUUGUGUGUAACUCCAAUUGAAACUGUGCCACACUGAUGUUUUAAGCUUUGUUAAGCUUUCAUUAUUACUAUAAUAAUUAUUAUUAUUUUGUAUCUUUAACCAGGUGCUGUUCAAAUGUUCAGGUGCAACACCUGAUUUUUUUUUUUUUUUUUUUUUUUUUUUUUUUUUUUUUUUUUUUUAUAUAAAGACUCUUAAGUAUUCAUGUUGAUGAUGUAUUGUGUAAGUUGGGAGUAUGAAAUUGCGAGAGGGGUAAGAAGUACAAUUUUCUUUUUUUUUUUUUUUUUUUUUUUUUUUUAAAAACAGUUGAAGUGAGAAAGAGGCCCACGAAGGCCGUUUUUUCAGUGUAUUUGUGUUGAAAUGUAUUUUCUCAGAAAGAAUUGGUGACCCAGAACAGAGGCAAGGUUGUUAGAAAGUGAGUCUAGAUUGUGAACUAUUAUUAUUAUUGUUUAUUUUUUUUAUUUUUUUAUUCUUCUCUAGAUUGUACUUGUUUUCAAGCAUUAAUGUCACCGUUAAGAAGGCACAAAACAUCUGAGCAUAUAAUCCUGUUGAGUGCAUGUUAACUGAGCAUUGCCCACUGGGCAGUGCGGUUCUUUGUGGGAAACAUCAAACAGAGGCAGUCCUCGCGUUAAAGGGAAGAUCCACCAGUUUUCCAAAAUUUAAGCCUGAUUACAUUGUUGAGAUUCAAGCAAAGUUAUUCAGAGUGGUUUGCUGUGAAAAGUUCUUGCAGUCGGAACCGUUUACAAUGGUGGUGAUGGGAACCGGGCGUCCACCUCUAAAAGCUUAUUAUUAGUUAUUACGCCGAAUGGUUAUGGUUACUCAGCCUGUCUGAGUACAUUGUUUAACAAUAGUUUGGCCUGAAAUGCAUUUUUGAAACUCUUUCAUGGUUGAAGGGCACAUGCUGGGUGUUGAGAGGCGCAAUAGUCCUUUUUUGCGGUUUACCACUAUUUAUAGUUGCUCUAUUUGUAUUGGCUAGACUUUGUGACCCCUGGUUCCCUUCACCACCACUGUAAAGAAACCCAAGUCAGUAUGUUUCUGUGUACAGAGCCAUUUCACACCAAAUCACUGACUGCGUACAUCUUAACAACAAAAUUGUACAGAAUUUUGAAACCUUGGUGGAAUUCCCCUUUAAGAGCUGAUUAACUGAGGACACUGAUUGUAGUGUGUGUGUGUGGGUUUUUUUUUUUUUUUUUUUUUUUUUUUUAAGUCUUUCUACAGUCGUGUGUUUUGUGGAGGUUUAUGUCUUAUAAUAAGACUUACUUGAAUUGUAUAUGCAGCAGUUUUCUCACAUUUUGCUCGGGAAACUACUUUGCUACAACAAACCAGUUUAUAAAAAAAAAAAAAAAAGAAACAAAAGCAUUCAUAAGCUGAAAAGGCAAUCCUUUGGUUUGGAAAACUUUCAUUCUGACCACUUCUUGAUUCAGUAUUUCAUUUGCCUUUUUUAUUUUUAUUUCUGUUUUAUUGCUUUUUUCUUUUUUUUUAACCGAUACCAAACUUUGGCCUCUCAGAGGUGCUCAAAGAAGUCUGUGGCACUGGUGCUCAACUUUAAAGAGCCAGCCACCAUUUUCCCCCAUACAUAUGUUAUGGACUGCCUUGGGUGAGUUGGGGAUGACUGUGAUCUCCCCUUGUUUUUAUUAGAAAGGGGGUUCUGGGGAGGGUCAUUCUUUGCGUGUUUGGAGAGUCCCUGCACAGCUUGUGAAAUACAGCUGUAAUUGUAGACCUCAGAGUGGAACUUUAUCUCUCAGAUGUAGUUGAGAUUAAAGGGGUUCAGGUGCAUUUUGAGUUUUUCUCCCUGUUUUUCAUAUAAAUGUUCAUUUUAAUUUUAUUUUUAUUUUUAUUUUUUUAUUUUUAUUUAUAAUUUUUUUUUUUUUUUUUGUGAUCUUCUGGCCUGAAGGUUAAAGAUCAAGUCUUUUCUGUUCCGCACUGUCCCCCCGCCCCCCCAAACCAAAACAACUCAUGGGAAGAAGAGUUGGCGACUGAUUUGGGUUUUUCAUGUAGCAGGAGUUUUUACAGUUAGUGGAUUAAGAUAAGCAGAAUUGACGACUGUUCAGUAGAAAUGUCCUUUACCUCUUCUCCUGUUGGGCAGUUUGAUUCUGAAAACCGAAAGGUUUCACUUCUUGAAAAUGAUCCCCCUGCCUGGGGUUUCCCUCAGGACGAUGACAAAAACAUUGAUAUAAAGAAGCACUUUACUGUACCAUGUGGCUGACUUCAGUUCACUCGAAGCAAAAUUUAUGACUGUUGUUGCAGAAUUUUGUAUUGUUUUCUAAUGAAAAAGAAACAAUAAAACCCUUUGAACCACA